CACGCAGGUUUGUGUUGUUAAACAGGAAACGGUGAGAGGCGUUAGCAGCAGUUAGCCUGUUGGCUACCAGCACUGCGCACAGAAGCGAAAUCAGAGCAUAGCGUUUAUCUGAAGAAGGGGAUAAAGAGUAUCGUUUGCCCGGUUGAUUGGUUUCAUCGGUGGGAGCGACAUGUCAGAGACGUACGAUUUCCUGUUUAAGUUCCUGGUGAUUGGCAGCGCUGGGACUGGGAAAUCAUGCCUCCUUCACCAGUUCAUAGAAAACAAGUUCAAACAGGACUCCAACCACACCAUUGGCGUUGAGUUUGGCUCCAGGGUUGUUAACGUUGGCGGCAAAACGGUCAAAUUGCAGAUCUGGGACACAGCUGGGCAGGAGCGCUUUAGGUCGGUGACCCGCAGUUACUACCGUGGAGCAGCAGGGGCUCUUCUCGUGUAUGACAUCACAAGUCGGGAGACCUACAAUGCUCUGACUAACUGGCUGACGGACGCACGGACACUGGCCAGCCCCAACAUCGUCAUCAUCCUGUGCGGGAAUAAGAAGGAUCUGGAUGCGGACCGUGAGGUCACCUUCCUAGAGGCGUCUCGUUUUGCCCAGGAGAACGAGCUGAUGUUUUUGGAGACGAGUGCUUUAACCGGUGAGAACGUAGAGGAAGCCUUUCUCAAAUGUGCUCGUACCAUCCUCAAUAAGAUUGAGACGGGUGAGUUGGAUCCGGAGCGGAUGGGUUCUGGGAUCCAGUACGGCGACGCGUCCCUGCGGCAGCUCAGACAGCCCCGGGGUUCUGCUGCACAGGCCAAGCAGCAGUGUAACUGUUAGGGGCCUGGGCACCCUGACCGCUAGCAGACAUCAGACCGUACACACACAACCUCCCUUCUCAGCUCCGGGUGUCUCUGGGUAUGCACACCCCUUACCCCUCUCCCAAAUGUGACCCUUCCACACCCAGACACAUCUGGAUCAUUUCUUAUGAUGAAGUCCAUCUGCAAACUUUAACCUCCGACCUCAGAAAGCUGUUCACCUAGGACAGAUCUCCCUGACUGCUUAGCGAGGGGCACGGGCAGUAGAGGUGAAUCACGUCCCGACUGAGAGACUGUGCGUGUUUUUAACUUCUCCUGUGAUUCUUACACACACAGUUCCUUCUUAUAAAGUAAACGGCCAACAUCUAGACUUCACUAGACUGGGAUAAGCCAUUCAACGACAGCAGUAGAUGAACAUUCCUAGGUCUUGAAUCAUUUUAUACGUUGUGACAUAUCAGUUCUUUGUCGGUGUUAAACUGAACGUCCCCUUGAUUUUCUUUUGACAUUCCUAAAAAUGACAAAUAAGCAUAUGAGUGGUCUGUGCAGGUUAGUUGGUCACUUAUAAUAUGGCCAGAAUGCCAAAUAUUGAUCUUCUGAGAGAACAUACAGCUCUUAAAACCCCAUAUACACUGUUGCAUUGGUUUUGUAUUUAAAGAGCUUCUAAAAGCACAAAGGAGGGGAAGGGGAAAAAGAAACAUCCAUUCAGAUCUUGUCAUUCGGUCGGCACUAUCUGGUGCAUAUCAGAUGUUUACUGCCGUCUCAGUCUGGCUUGGGUUAGAGGUUAUCGUCUAACUUAACCUCACCCGUCUUUCUGCACAGACCUCCUACCUUCAGAUUUAUUGAAAUUAAGGACAAUAAAUCUACAUUUUGCAUUUGUUUGGCAGACACAUAUAGAAAUAUCAAAUAAUACAUUUUUUUGAGAUUGGUGG